AAGGAGAGAGAUCAUGUGAAGAGAUUCAGUUUUUGAAGGAGGAAUCAAGAGCACCCUAUUAAAUAACAUAAAUAAUGGAUGUUUAUUUGCUCUGUAAAUCUCUUCCUUUAUUACGUCGACUUUGGCCUCGUUGACUCUCAGACAAUCGCAAGCUCUCUGAUAAAAAACCUGAUAGAUAUUAUUGUAGUUUGGACCUCUUGUCUAGAAUCACUGCUUGCCGCAUUGAAAAAUCGAACAAAAUUGCUAUUGGUUCUGCAAGUGAAAACUCUCUGGAAGUGUACAUUUGAGGUGCUUGUAUCGAAAAAUGGAUUUAGAAACUUUUGUGAUGAAGAAGAUGAAUUUCAAUGGCUGUUGAAGGCAGAGGUACAUGGCGUACUCAGACAACUCAAUGUGAUUCUAGAAGAAACAGGCAGGAGGUUUAACAUUCCGGGUACAGGUAAAGAUACACUGAUCAAGCCCGAGACUUUUGUUCUCUCAAGUACAAAUGGGACUGACUAUGUGAAAGGCAUUGUAACAUUGGUUGGUGACAUGUUAUGCAAAGCUGACUUGACCUUAAGACCACAUAGAAACACCAACCAGCUAGUGAAGACGUAUGUCAGAGAUGACAUGCCAUGGAGGUUACAACAGGUUCAAGAUGUUGGCAAUCAUAUAUACUCAGCUAUCGAGAUAAUCAAUACUAAAGAUGUAGAUUAUGAAUUCCAGUCAGCUGAAGAAGUCAACAAAUUAAUGGAUGAAAUUCUAAGUCAGCUGAUGCGGGCUAGGCAGAGGUUUCUUAAUCCACUCAUUCCGUCCCUACAAGAACUCUACCAUAGCAGAUACACGAAAUCAUUAACACCUCCCUUGCCGCAUGAGAGUAUGGUCAACUUCUACAUUCUAGGCACCAAGCUCGUUCUUCACACGUAUUAUCUUCAUCCACUAGCCCUGCCCAAAGCACACAACCAGAAAGGUCUGUCCUCCUCUGAAUCCAAGAGCAGAUUAUUAGACCUCGGGCCUAUCAAGUAUGAGUUGUUCUCCCAGAACACUGUAGAAUGUGCUGUUCCAUGGGUGGAAGAAGUCACUGCCUGUCUGGCCUUCGCAAUGCAACUAUGUCAAGAACUCAAAGACAAGGUGUCUGUGUUUGCAUGCUGUUGGGAUGAGUACAGGUGAUGUAUAGCCAUUGCCUAAACCACCAAACCAAAGAUGGUGAAGGGUUAUCAGUUUCUUCUACAUUCAGCACCAUUCCUGCACAUACAUGGUAGCAUCAGAGAGAGGUUCAGCCACCAGUCUGCUGUGGUCAUCAGGUUAGAGAAGGCAACCUUCUGUAGGAAUGUGAAAUUGGGCUUCUUCAAGAAACCCCUGGAAUCAUGUUUAUUUUGCUAGAGUAUAUGUAUUGUUUGUGUUUUUACUUAACUAGUCCUCUGAAACAUGACUAGGACAAAUAUAUAUUAUUGUUGGAAUACGCCAAAUGAAAGUUAAACUUAUUGUGAUUUGCUUUGUUACUGUAAGGAAAAGGGGUUUCAUGAAAUAUCAUAUUGAUUGAGUUAAGGUAAGUAUAUUGCCAGUAUAUUGCCCUUUGUUUGUUCAAUCCAUCAUCUGUUGUGAGAUGAAAGUUUAAUCCAGGAAAGCAUAUCCAGUAACCUCUAGGUGGGCUUUGAGGGUCUUCUUAAUUUUGUUGACAGAAAUGGAGAAUUCUUCAAAUUUGUUCCAUUUGUUAUAAUUUGAGCAUAUUUUCUGUUAAAAUCCAAACACAGCAUUUUCUUGAAGGGCUCACUUCCUGAAUUUUAUGUCCCUAAAAUCUUUGAAACUUUAUACGUUAUCUGUUUUGAGCAAACUAUACUAAAACUAAUAAUUAUGGUAGCCAUGGUGAUACAAGCUAAGCACUUUGUAUCUCGUCUGAAUUUCAUAUAAUGGAACGUUGUACAUCUGUAAUGAAACGUCAUAUGGUAAAAUGGAGGUUUGAGCAUCGCUUGAAACAAAAACCCUGAAAGAAACAUAACCAGGUGUGGUUUAUUGUGAAGGCAUCCUGUAUCAUUUAUGUCUGGCUAUAAUCUAUAAUUGUACCCUUGAGCAAUGUCCAUGACUUAAGCUGCCAUUAAAUGUAUGGUGCAAGCUAACCUCUUCAAAACCUGUUCUUUAUGCAAUGUUCCUGUACGCAAUAUUUUCAUCCCAGGCAUUGGCACAAGUAUGUCUCUUUCGCUGUACGUCAUUUCUUAAGGAGAAUUUUGUGUCGCUUGUGUUAGAGGGCUGUAGUAUCAUGAUCUAAGCAGAUUGAUUUCUAACAAAGAUCCACCCUUAACUUUCACUUCAUGUGCUGCACAUUUGUAUAUUCUUUAUAAUGUUUUAUUUGAUACAUGAUUGACAAUGCUUAGGUGUUUAUAUACUACAUUUUGCACUUUGGAUUUUUUUUUUUUUAAAUUACUUGUAGAAAAUCAAAGUUUAAAAUAAACUUUACAGCAUUGAAUCCC